CAGCACUCUCGCUUCAGCAAGCAAGGCGUAUGUGUAGGGAUCAAGACUAACCAAAUUUCAACCAUCGAUUUUUCGGGCCUGGCCCUGUCAUCACCAUAAUGACUCGCCAAUACACAAACAGCACUAAUGGCCAUCACCCCAGCUUCUUCGAAGACUAUGGCGUCUGGAAAGAUGCGCCGGUGCUGACUGGCACCACAAGAUUUGAGCCGUUGCCGGGGGUCAAGAACAUCAUGAUCACUGGGGGAGCAGGCUUCAUCGCAUGCUGGCUUGUCCGGCACCUUACGCUGACCUACCCACACGCAUACAACAUCGUCUCUUUCGACAAGUUGGACUACUGCGCCUCGCUCAACAACACGCGGGUUCUAAACGACAAGCGGAACUUCACCUUCUACCAGGGCGACAUCACCAAUCCUUCCGAGGUUGUCGACUGCCUGGAACGGUACAACAUUGACACGAUAUUCCAUUUUGCCGCACAGUCACACGUUGACCUCAGCUUCGGCAACUCGUACGGAUUUACGCACACGAACGUGUAUGGCACCCAUGUCCUCCUUGAGAGCGCCAAGAAGGUCGGCAUCGGGAGAUUUAUCCACAUCUCGACUGACGAGGUCUACGGCGAGGUUGGUGAUGAAGAUGACGAUCUGUUGGAAACGAGCAUCCUAGCUCCCACCAAUCCCUAUGCUGCAAGCAAGGCGGCUGCCGAGAUGUUGGUCCAUUCGUAUCAGAAGAGCUUCAAGCUCCCGGUGAUCAUCGUUCGGAGUAACAAUGUCUACGGACCGCAUCAAUAUCCGGAGAAGAUCAUCCCAAAGUUCACCUGCUUGCUCAACCGGGGACAACCGGUCGUAUUGCACGGCGACGGCUCGCCGACGCGCAGAUACUUGUUUGCCGGUGAUGCUGCCGAUGCCUUCGACACCAUCCUACACAAGGGGCAGCUCGGCCAGAUCUACAACGUCGGCUCCUACGACGAGAUCAGCAACCUAUCCCUGUGCGGCAAGCUUCUCAGCGAGUUGGGUAUUCCGCAUGAUACCCAAGAGGCGUUUACCAAGUGGGUCAAGUACACGCACGAUCGGCCGUUCAACGACCAUCGGUACGCGGUCGACGGCACGAAGCUGCGACAACUGGGCUGGGAACAGAAGACUAGCUUUGCCGACGGACUGCGGAUCACGGCCGACUGGUAUCGCCGCUUCGGCGAGAAAUGGUGGGGCGACAUUAGCAAGGUGCUCAGCCCUUUCCCCAUCGUCGCCGGCGUCGAGGUCCUGUCCGACAAGGAGCCCGUCACGGAUUCGCCGCAGCCCAUUGGUGGCCUGGUCAAGAAGCGGAAGCUUGUGCAGGCCAACGGCAAUAGCAACGGCAACGGCAACGGCAAGGGCAACAGCACGGCGCAUGCAGUCCAGGUGUAGAUGUUGUAUUCUACUACCUGGGAUAGCGACUCGAAUCCUCAGUGACGAGUUCUACACGGCUUGUCACUGUUCAAUCCUUUUCCUUGCUUAGCUACCCGAGGCAGAAGGGGUGCCUUGAAAGCCAAGCUAUGUUGUUGUCAGCACCUGGAGGGAUAGAAUCCUUCUUUCAUCUUCUCCCCCUUUUCACUCCCUAUCUUGGACUGGCGUUUACGGACAGGAGUUUGUGUGGAACUCCGAAGCCAUUUAUUGGGCCUGGGAUACGAGGGCGGUGAAAAGGCUGGGGUUAUGCUUGCAUGGCCUCUGAAGCUUGUUUGUCACAAGGGCUGUUGAACCCUGGUGCUGAACCCUGCUGCAGAGCUUAGCCAACGAAGUGUUGGUUGGUGGAUGGGUCAUUAACGGAAUGGACGAAUACUACGAAUCGUAAUCCGUACCUGUUUCCAUUGAGAUGCUUUUUGCCCCACUGCCACAGAGAUCAAAUGGAA